AUGCCGCUGGACGCCAAUGUGAGACGCGCCCGUUUAGCACAGCGCCGGCAUGUCGAGGCGCUGUUUGCCAACCGGGAGCUAAUCGAGGCAACAAUGAUUGCGACACAUGAACUGCUUAAAACCUCUAACACUACGCAGCUUCCCGCAGACAUCGCAGAUACCGCAAAUAUGUCUGCUGAGCAGGAUGGGUCAGCCGCUCCCUCGGAGCACCUCAACAUCAAGGUUACCGACAACAACAAUGAGGUGUUCUUCAAGAUCAAACGCUCUACUCAACUGAAGAAGCUCAUGGAUGCUUUCUGCGAUCGCCAGGGAAAGCAAAUGUCCACCGUGCGCUUCCUGUUCGAUGGAACCCGCGUUCGCCCCGAGGACACCCCAGAUACCCUCGACAUGGCCGAUGGCGACACCCUUGAGGUCCACCAGGAGCAGAUUGGUGGUUAA